AAUUACCAUGAUUGUCUGAAUGACGUAAAAGCUGCAACAGCACUGCAGCCGUCUUAUCUCAAGGCGAUUAUCAGAGGUAAAAAUGAAUCUCAGAAGAAAACGUGAAUUUUUCCUAAAACAAUGAUUUCAAACGAGUCGACUUUUUUUUUUCACUAGGAGCGAACAGCUGUUUCAAGGUGAAGCAGUUUGAGGAAGCCAUCAUCUGGUGUGCUAAAGGACUAACCGUAUCCUUUCUUAGAAUAAUGCACAAAGCCCCAUCGCACAACUAUUACUUUCUUUACUUUUAAUAUGUCACUAUCAAAUCGUUUUUUGCCUUUCAGUAAAUCAGCAGUUUGAAUCGAUGAAGUCGAUUAAAAUAAGUGACCUAGGAGUACGCGUCUUAACGGUUCACAUAAAGAGUAGCCAUUGCAUGAUAUGUACAGAAAGGGAGUCAACUAUUCAAAAAUAUUGCUGUUACUGCUCUUGCUACUGUCAUAACUACUACUAUUACGAACAACUACAUAAGUUCUAGGAUAAGAAAGAGCAUUAUUUUCUACACCUUUACUCUAGCAAGAUUGACAAGGACAACCAGGAUCUGUUGGAAAUAAAGAUUUGUUCUGUCAUAGAACGCGAAAAGAUUUUAUCACAGGAAGGCGAUAAAGCAGCAAAAGAGGAGGGCGAUUCACGAACAAACCAAAAACCUCUUGAUUGUACGUGUAAGUAA